UCCCAGACAGGUAGACACCUGCUGGACAGCCUGCAGUCUGCAGAAGCCGGCCCUCCCCAUACUGCAGGUGAACUCCUUGGUGUGCAAUCUAAACACAGACACAGGCUUUCCAGCUCGGCUGACCAGGUGGAACACCAUGGAAGGCGACUGUCUGAGCUGCAUGAAGUAUCUGAUGUUUGUUUUCAAUUUCUUCAUAUUUCUGGGAGGAGCCUGCCUGCUGGGUGUAGGCAUCUGGGUCCUCGUGGAUCCGACUGGCUUCCGGGAAAUUGUGGCUACCAACCCCCUGCUGACCACGGGUGCCUACAUCGUCCUGGCCAUGGGAGGCCUGCUGUUUCUUCUGGGCUUCCUGGGCUGCUGCGGUGCUGUCCGAGAGAACAGGUGUCUGCUGCUAUUUUUUUUCAUGUUCAUCCUGGUCAUCUUCUUGGUAGAGCUCUCAGCAGCCAUCCUGGCCUUCAUCUUCAGGGAACACCUCACCCGUGAGUUCUUCACCAGGGAGCUCACCAAGCACUACCAGGGCAACAAUGACACGGACGUGUUCUCUGCCACCUGGAAUUCGGUCAUGAUCACAUUUGGCUGCUGUGGGGUCAAUGGGCCCGAAGAUUUCAGGACGGCCUCGGUGUUUCGGCUGCUGACACCUGACAGUGAGGUGCCCAAGGCCUGCUGCCGGAGGGAACCCCAGACUCGGGAUGGAGUACUGCUGAGCAGGGAGGAGUGCCAGCUGGGGAGGAGUCCAUUCAUAAACAAACAGGGCUGUUACACGGUGAUUCUCAACACCUUCGAAACCUAUGUCUACCUGGCUGGGGCCUUUGCCAUUGGGGUGCUGGCUAUUGAGCUUUUCCUCAUGAUCUUUGCCAUGUGCCUCUUCCGGGGCAUCCAGUAGGCCAUGGUCUGAAGAUACCCAGCCUGCCACUGCCCAGUAGCCAGCCCCCUCCCCUCCCUGUCCUCUGGCCCCAGGGGAGGAGGCAAGGCCAGCCUGGAAGGCCAGGAACACAGAGCUAAUUUUUUAAAAAACAAAAACAAAGACAGAUGUGAACUGAAGAGGCCUCACCUUGGCUCCAAGGCAAGAGCCAUGAGCUAGUCAAGGACUUAGGGCUGGCCUGGGACCAGCUAAGACCAAAGGAUUAUCAGCCUCAGCGCCCCCAGGGCCCUGUCAGACUGGACUGUCCCCCGGUCUGGGUCCCCUCUCUUAGCAUUUCCAGGAUCUGAGCAACCAGAAGACAGAAACAGACCCUGGAGGAAGAGCCAGACUCUUCACAAGGACAGAAUCUGCAGCACCACCUGCUGGACGGUGAAGCUGUGCCUGCUUCUUCUGGCUGAGGGUGGCUGUGUGUGGCCCUGGACCUGGCUUCCUCAUCUCUCAGAUCAAAGCCUCUCCAAGGGCCACAAAAGGGCAGUGACCUGCCCACAGUCACACAGCAUGUGCAUGACAAGGUCACCCCUGGGUUGCUGUCACUCCAGCCAAGACCCCAUCAGAUCUGCCUCAACAUCCCAGUGUAUACUGGCCAGGAACUGCCCACACCACGUUCUCCAGCUAAGAAAAGUCCAUACUGUGUCCAGUCUGCCCUGCUUGUUCCUUUAUCUAAGCCUACUGUCAUCCGUCACUCUGGCCCCGGUGAGAGACACCCCCAGUAUUGUCCAUUUCUCUCUUUCCACUCGGAGCUGAAGCUUGAAUGUGUUCUUCAAGGUCGCUGCCAAGAAUUCACCCCCUGCAAACCUCCGCCCGAGGAGCUCACUACCUCCCAAUGCAGCCUCUGGUGGCGCCAGCCCCUCAGAAGACAGAAGGGGGUUCAGUUUUCCUGUGCUUCUGUCUGUGUCCCUUCACUGUCUCCUUCCUAGAGGUUAAGGUCAUAACUCUUGUCUGCAGACAAGAACCCCACAGCCUCUCAGUCAUCCCCUACCAUGACAUCCUUUCUGUCCUUUUGCUGUCUGUGUGACAUUCUGUUAUUCUCUCUAGUCUCAAACUACCCAGACUCACAGGUUCACAACCAACACACACACACACACACACACACACACACACCUCAAACUACAGACUAGGUUGCCAACUGGGUUACAAGUUGCCCGACCCUGUCAGGACCAUGUUGAACCCAUUAGUGUUGUCUGUCAGGAUCUCAAGUUUGACUCUGUCUGCUGUGGGCUCAGCAGGGUGGGGGGACACAGUGGUGGAGCAGCAUGGGGCUUACUCUCCUCUCAGAGGGAAGAGCCUGGUCCAACUUCCCUCCGCCUUCCUGUCACCUCGGAGUCACACCCAUACUGGAGCUCCCCUGCUGCCCUGUGCUAGUUCAAGGGACACUCCUUUCUUUCCUCUCCUCUUCAUGUCCUCACCCACCCUGGCCUUCCUGAGGGUCUUGGAGCAUCAAAGCUGUCUUUCUGCCAGCUUACUUGGCAUCCCCAUAAAUGAAGCCUAGAGACUGAGUCACCAUGUCAGGGGACCCCACCAUGUACUGGACUCCAAUUGCCUAGGAAGGCAAACGGAUCAGCUCAUGGCCCAGCUGAGCAGGACACAGCCCAACCACAGGGGCUGCUGCCCAGAGCUAACCCAGGCCUCUAGCAAUGGGCAGGGACAAAGGCUGGGAAGUCUGCUAUCUAGUUCAGGCAGUUCCAGGGUAGAACAGAGACUCUCACCAGGUGAACUUUCCAUACAGAUGUUGAAGAGCCCCAAGGCAGCCCAGAUCCAACUCAGCUGUGGAUCCAACUCCUCAACCAGCACCCUCAUAGGACCGGACGGGGGGCAGGCAGUCUUCACCCUAUGAGGUUGUUAAUAGCCACCUACAAGGCUGUCUGCGGUCACUCUGCCGGGGCUUGGUGAGCUGCUGUGUACUUCCAGGGUAGGGGAAGGGAGCCCUUCCUUCACCUCUCACCCCAGGACCAACAGCCUCCCCUGAGAUGCCCUGUGACCCUCAUCCAGUAGAGAACGGCCCCUGCCUGACCCAGAGCCACCUGCUGAAGGGACAGCCCUAUCCUACAGGCAGGGAGCGAAGACCGCAUCUGUGGCCCACGCUCCUCAGCACUCUGUCCCAAGGCCCUGACUUACUCAGGCCCUGAGCCCAGCACCUCCAAGAACUGCACCUUUCUCCCUAUCUUCCUCUCUCUCUCCCUCUCUCUCUCCCUCUCUCUCUCUCUCUCUCUCUCUCUCUCUCUCUCUCUCUCUCUCUCACACACACACACACACACACACACGUUAUAGUCUAUUUUGGAAUCUGUAAAUGUCCCGUGUAGUAGGAAACAGAGUUAAUUUAUCAUUGUAUCUCCCAAGCCCCCCUUUUAUAUUCUAUAUCAAGAAAAAUUUUGUGAUAUAAACAGGACACCACACAAAUCGUU